GUCUCGGUUCAGUGGAAUGGACAAUACAACAUAGAUGAUCCGACAGACACUUAUGUGACCCUGUACAAGUGUUCAGUUAACAGUGGAAGUUGCAGCCGGUGCUUGUCAGAAGGAGCAACCCCAUCGAUCUUAAACUGUGGUUGGUGUGUUGAUGAUUGCAAUGUCAUUCAGAGUGAUGUUUGUCAGAACAAUCAGUUUCUCAGCCAGAAUGAAACCCAGCUCUGUUCAGAACCAGUUAUCACUGACUUUUAUCCCAUGUCAGGUCCUAUCAAUGCUCAAACGCGACUAGACAUUAAGGGAACUGACCUAGGAGUAGAAUUUGAUGACGUACUGGAAAUAGUCAUAGGAGUCCUGGUGUGUAAUCUGACUGACAUGGGCUCAUUUUAUCAGGCAGGACAGAGUGUGAGCUGCAUGACUGGGAUAUCUAAUGAACUAAUAUCAGGACGCAUUGGAAUCACAGUGAGGUCUGGUGAAAGUACUAAGACCGGAGAGAGUACUGCAAAAUUCUUUUACAGGGAUCCCAUGAUAUCAGGGUUUAGUCCCACGGAGGGGCAGGUAGCAGGAGGUACAGAGAUCACAAUUACUGGGAUGUAUUUCAACACAGGAAGGAACAUUGAAGCUAGUUUUGGAGAAGCACCAUGCAACAGUUUGUGA